UAACAUUUUUGCAGAUUCUGCAAGGGGUAUGUAAACUUUUGAACUUGACUGUAUAUAUAGCAUUUUCUAUUUAACAAAAAAAAUGAUAGAAGAUAUUUAGUCUUGUUUCCUGGGGGGGAAUCUAAAUUAAGUGCAUUUUACUUAAGUUUGCUUAAGAGCUGUUGUCAAUCUCGCUCUUCUCCCUUUUCCCAUCACAUAUCACCAGUGUUGGGCACAUUACUUUAAAAAGGUAAUUAGUUAUAGUUACUUCACACAAAUAGUAAGUGAGUUAGUAACUGAGUAGUAAUUUACAGCAUUAUAAAAGUAACUAAUUACCAGGGAAAGUAACUAUUGUUACUUUUAUUUUUUUUUUAUUUUUUUUUUCUUAAAUAUGCCCCCAAUAUUAAAUAUGUUAAAUGAAUGAAAUGGACACUAAGUAGAAUAAAUUAUUAUUAUAAAACAUUACUAGUACACUAGUCUACACCAUUUUAAUGUUGCUGUGGGACAAUGUGAGAGACACCUAUCAAAUUCAAUAUAUUAUUGUAAAUAUUAUUAUUACUAUAGUGGAACAAUAAAACACAAUAGAUGGUUUAGAACCUUUAAUAUUUAUUGCACAGACCACAACUGGCCAACAAAUAAGUCUAACAAUAAAUUAUGCUUCUUAAGAAAUGUACCAAAAAUAAAUAAAUAAUAAUAAAAAAUAUACUUACACUUUUUGUAGUGCAAAUUAAAAUGAUAAAACUGUCACACAACUUCACAACUACACAUACUGUAGCCUACUUGAAGUAUUUUCUUCAAGGCAAUUUAAACAGUUUAACAAGAAGUGCUCUCUAUAUAAUACUGAACAAUUUACCAAAAAUAAAUAAAUAAAUAAAUAAUAAUAAUAAUAAUAACAAUAAUAUACACACUUUGUUGUGCAAAUUAUAUAUAUAUAAUAUAUAUAUGUGUGUGUAUGUAUGUGUGUGUGUGUGUGUGUUACAAAGUAACUAGUAACUAGCUACUUGAGUAGUUUUUUCAUUGGAUACUUGUUUUACUCUUACUCAAGUAACUAUUAAGAUUAUUACUUUCACUUUCACUUUGAGUAAAUAUUUCUAUAAGUACUUGUACUUUUACUGGAGUACAGUUUUUGUAUACUCUACCCACCUCUGGACAUGGAGUGGGUCAGACAUGAUUUUGACCACUUCAUUAAGUUUUGCGUUGUAGAAAGCCUUUCUUUAAAGUGAAUUCCGUUUUGUUAAAAUUGUAUCUUAAUUUUAAUCAAUGUUUCAUUGACCAAUUGCCUGGAUUUAAUAAAUAAGAAGCAAAUAUAGCAGACAAUAUAAUCAUGACACGGAGGCACCGGCGUGAUCACUUGCACGUGAACUGGAGCGCGUCUUAUAGACUAAAUGAACUGAAACUCAGCGUAUAGGCUGCUUGACUCACAGACAUGAGAAAUAUAUCUAUAGAAAGCUUGAAAUGUCUACUUUUAAACAAAGCAAUUCAAAAUGAAAAGAAGUAGGCUACUCUCUUGUUAUGUAAUCCGAAUGAAAUGUGCAUUCUCUCUCUUAUUUUCUCUCUUUGAGCUCGCGCUCCACUUGCAUGCUCUGACACAGACACACACAGACAGAUUAUUAUCAGUUUCAAAUUAUAUUUGUGUAUGACUAACCAGUACUAUUUCUUUACAUCAAAACGCUUUGCAGGUCUAUCAUCUCUAGCCGCACACCAAGCAUCUAAUUACUAUUUACACUUAUUGCAAAGAACUGCGGGUAAAUAGAAUAUAUCACUAUUUUCUAUUUUUUAGCAUCUACAGCUUUGCACUUACUGUAAAUAGCAUCUGUUGCUAAGAAAAUAUGCUAUUUCCAAAUAGCCACUUCCUUAAUUUUCUAACUCCAUUGGCAGAUAAUUUGCAAAAUAAAAAAAAAAUAAAAAAUUAAAUAAAUAAAACAAUAAUAAUAAUUUAAUUGUUUUUGCAUGUGGAGUACUAUGAAAAUUAAAAUUAGUUCAAUAACUUACAGUUCUGCCAGUUUUCACCUCUGAUAUUAUAACAGUGAUAAGAAUUAAACUUGUAUUAACUUGUAUUAAGUAUGCAGACGUCAUUUUGUUGGGUGCUGUUGCCAUGGUGAAUCGUAAUAUCGGAGCUCCACUGAUCAUGGAUUUUCAUAGUCGUGGUGCACGCGCUUAACUCAGAGUCAACCUAUUCAGAGUUGAUAAACUAACUAAAUUCAGCUGUUCUGAAACCAAAAACUCAGAGUUUCUCAGAGUUAGUCAGCUCAGAGUUCAAGUUUUGAUUAGAUGCAAAACAUAAAGACUGCACUUUGUUUCAGAACUCCGCACAAGUGCUGCUGGCACCUCCGCACGCAAAGUGCAUGCCUUUGAGGACAGUGGUGAAAAAGUUCCCUCAGCUCAGUCACCUGUUCCUGUUCUCCUGCCGGGGCAUGACCAUGACAUGGGCAACUGGAGCUGUUCUCAACACCAGAAGAUGUGGAUGAAGAUGGAGCUUCAGGAUCUCCGGCUGUGGCCUGGGUCUAGUUCAGUGCGAAACCUAGGGAACACAAUUUCCCUGUGGCGUCUUCCUCCACAACCCGAGCUUGUCGAUACAGUGGCUGAGCUCCCAUCCCCCAACUUCUUCCAGCUCCACCCAUUUUUCAUCUGGAAGCCCGAGAGUCAAGUCAUGGUCAGGUUGAGAAAUAAUUACAUCCUGCCAUGUCUGCAUGGAUGUCUUCAUCCACAGGUGGUCUCUGCAGGAGUGGGCAGGCCUCGGGUGAUUGUUGGCACCAGUGGUCAAUAUUACAUCUUGUCUUCACGACUCUGCUGCAAGGCAUGUCGGAAGAACUGGUUUGCUGACAAUCCACGAUGGCUUGAGAAGCUGCCCAAGCGGUUCACCAACAUUCUGCCUGCAUUCCUGACCUACAAGAAGGCCAUCUGCAAGUCUGUGAUGGAUGAGCUGAGGCGCACUGGCAAGUCACCAACAGACAUGGCAAACCAGGUGAAUGAGCUCAUGCACCUCAAGUAUGAGCGAGCUCACCUGGCAUACCUGCAUGCCAUAGAAAACAUCAGGGAUGCUGAGGCUGGCGUAUAUGGACAGAGGACCAUUGGGCAGUUCCUGAGGAAGGAAAACACGGCACGUGCUUUCGGGUCAUAUGAUGAUCAUGAUGGCUGGUAUGGAGUCUCUGUGUCCAGCUUCUAUUUGACCGACUGCCUGCUGGAUGAGUUCAAACGUCAAAAGCCAGCCAUGACCAAACUCCUCCAGGGCACUUUUGGGCAGGUCUUCAGGUCUGACCAUACCAGGAAAGUUGCAAGAAAAGUAACACUGGCAUCUGGGGUCAUGUCCAGUUAUGCCAUCAUGAAUGAGAACUGGCUGAUUGUUUCCUGGGUUAUGGUUCAGUCUGAGACUGAGAGGUCCUUGGAGCCAAUGUACCAGGGACUGGCCAAGAGGUAUAGCGAUGCUGGAGUGGAAAAGGCAGGCUUCCACUGGAUGGACAGGGAUUGCUGUGCUCCAUUUAAGAUCCCAGACUGCAUCCCUGGUGAACAUCUAAACUGGGAUGCCUGGAAGACUACCCCUUCCAUUGUUGCUGGGGCCAUCUCUGGACCGCUGGAGAACACCUGUGCCUCUCGGUUACAUUUCAACAACAACAUCGUGGUGAAGCUGGACUUGUUCCACUGCAUGAGGCGUUUUUCACGGGAGUGCACCUCUGAGCAUCACCCUCUGUUCAGCACGUUCUGCCAGCUCCUCUCCGCAGCCUUCUUUGUGGUGGAUCAGGAGGACCUAAGUAGGCUCCAGGACGCCUAUCGGUUCUGUGGUAUCAAUCCCACCAAACAGCAUAUACGAGAGCACUGCAGGACCAAAAUACCACAACCCACAGAGCUGCUGGACAGAGUGGAGAAAGUCCUGAAGCAUUUUCACCUGUCCAUGGACCCCGACAAUGUCCCACUCUUCAAGCCAUCCAUGCUGAAGAUGUGGCGCAUACAGAGAGUGCACAUUCUCCGAGGUUGCCUCAGUGACCCUGAACUCUCAGAGGGCAUAAUGUACCGGUAUGGUGGAACUCUUCAGCUAAAUCACGUACCUGGUGAAGGCGCCAAAGUCCCCAUUUGGAUCCCUGUCAGAGGUACGUCACAGCAGGAAGGGUACCACUUCCACCAGGCCCAGUGGAUCACAGGGACUUAUGUCUCCACUGAAUUGUUCCAGGCCCAAGGCAUGACAGGGGUGGCACGGUGGAACCACCAACGGCUGCUGGACCUUAAGCAGCCAGGUUUCAUCCUCCCUGCUGUGUUUGAUCCAGCUCUAAUGGUUGAGUUAAAUUCUGCCUCCAAGAGAGUGACUGAGCAGGAGAAGUACCCUAUGCUUCAUCUCUCUGACAGAGACACCGGAGAGAGGUUUGGCCUAGAGUACACAGAGCCAGGCUGCUGUCCAGUCCCUCUGGAUUGGGACAAACAUCGAACCCAAAAGAGAGAUGAAUCAGCUGCUCUUGUGCCUCUACCUCCUGUGCAGACACCUGCUACUGCCCAAGCUCAACCUCCAGACACAGCACCCUCCUUCAGUCAGACACCACUCUCCAGCACAGCAUCCCCUAGACCAGCACCAUCCAUCGGUCAUUCGCUGUCUGCUGGUGCACUUCUAAAACAGGAGAUGCCGUCAGUCGACAUCCGAGAACCUCCUGCAGCGAUGGAAACCUCACAUGCCUUGCCCCUUCCAAUGAGGUCCUCACCGAGGAGCGCUCGCACAGGGCCCAUAAAGACGGGUGGACGGGUUUUUGUGUUGGACCACACACGCUGGACGCCACCCAUGAAAGAAGCUAUCGACAGCUUGCUGCAGAAGUACCAUGGGGAGAAGGACAUUCUGAAGCUUGUGGAUCAAGACUAUGCAGACAUGGUCCAUCAGUCUGCCAGAGAUCCCAAUAGCUUGCUGCACCCCACAACUAAGCUGCACAUAUCCCGCUAUGUGAAGCACCUGGCAAAACUUCUCAACACCAGUUCUUCUUUGAACACAAGCCAGGAAAAACUUCUGGAGACUCAGCAGCUGUGGCACUCUUUAACAAAAGGGAGUGAGACGGCUUUUGUCCCUGUGGUCACCAUUGAGCCCGCUAUUGUGAACCCACCUGCACCUGCCCCUCCCCUGUCCGCACCUGCCCCUCCCCUGUCCACACCUCUGACACAAGGCUCCAUAGAGAAGAUUGUGGAGAGCAUCUUGGAGAAGCAACAGCAUCAGCCAGAGCAGAAAAGAAGGCAGACAAAGACAUGUCUUGCUUGUGGACAGCCCAAGUCUCGAUAUGAGACUGAUGGAUCCUCCGUCCACUUUUUCCACCAGCAAGGGCCUGUGCGCUAUUUCUAUUGUUCUAAGAAGGUGCAUCAAAGUUAUGCUGCUGAGGGACUUUCUAACCCCAAAAUGCCUUUUGAAGAAUUUGCAAAGACAGAAUUCUUCCAGAAAGAGCUGGAGGACACCAAGAAACGGGUGGAGGAGAAGAUGCAGAAAAAGAGGAAAAUGCCAGACACCCAGCAAGCAGGCCGCCUUUGCAGAUUCUGCCACAUGGUCCUUAAACAGGGACCAAACAGCCCACACAUCCAUACGGGCUUCCCUGGAGUGGCAGGGAAAUACAUUUACUGCCCAUCUAAAGUGUACUCUCUAUACCGAGAUAAGGGCAUGGCCAAGGAGAUGAACUGGAAUGAGUUUCAGAAGUCUCCUUACUAUGAGGCAGAGAGGCAGAGAUGGGUGGAAGAAAGGAAGAAAUGAUUUACAUUAAAUUGUUUUAUUGUUCUGCAUGUUUAUACAUAAUGCUCUCUUGUUUACAGUCAUGCUUGUUAUUUCUACGUGUGUAUUUGAAGACCUUAAAUGUUCCGUUUUAUUUCUAAAAAACAUUUUAUGAUUACAUUUCCCACUUUUACAUUUGUGUAAAAUAAUUAUAAUAAUAAUAAUGCUAUAUAUUUGUCUCCUUAUACCCUAUAUCCUAUAGAUCUGCUCCCCGCUCAGCAUUCUUGCUGUCACCCAGGCCAGCAUCAAGCAGAUGCCCCCUUUUGGGUCAAGUUUAUUUUGUCUUUUUAAAGUAUAAUUGGUCCUUCUUAAUAGGUGUUUGCUUGUCGUUUUUUAUUUAGGCAUUGUAACUGGCUUUGAAUGUUGUCCUUAAAUGUUCCAUAUUAAUUAAUACUCUUUAAUUAUAGUUCUCACAUUUGUGUAAAUCCUGAGACAUGUAAAAACAUCUAAAUAUUUGUAUAGAGGGGCCAUGUUUUAAUUUUAUUAUUCAGUGUGAGAUUGCAAAAGGUAUAUAUUGUCAGAGUUGUCUAUAUCUUCCUGUCUAUAUUGUUAUUUUGUAUUGAUAUUUACUAUUCUUAAAAAGUGCUUAAAGCAUUUAAUAAAAACAAUUAAAAAUCA